AUGGCGUCUAAUGCUCAUCAGCGCCAUCAGCGCCAUCAGCGGAGUCUGAUUGAACCAUCUCCUAUGCUGAAGGCUGAACUGAAGCAUUUAGCAUUCGAAUAUCCGAUUAGCCCUGUGGCGCAUCGGAGUCCUCAGAUUCUCAGCUUGGUGUUCAGUGGCGAUGCGGCUGUUCUCAAAAACUUGGCCAACAAGUUUGACUUUCCCUCGCACAUCGCCGGGACGAAUCGUAGUGCCGCGAACGAGCUGCAGCCGUUCGCGGCGGAGUAUAGUCCCGUGGACUUGGGCAUCGACUACCUCGACGACGAAGCGCCUGCGAAGAUCCAACACGCACUGGCGAACGCGACCCUGUUCGGUGGUCCGGCUGCCAAUCAAGUGUCCGUUAGCGACGGACUGCUGAGGCUGAGGCGCGCGAUCAGCACCUUGUACUCGCGGCUGAUCGGUCGCGAGCUCGACGCGCAGGAGAACGUCGUGAUCACGGCUGGCGCGACCGAGGCAGUCAAUUCCGCUUUCUCGGGACACACGUCUCCCGGCGAUGAGUGGGUGGUCAUCGAGCCUGCCUACACCAUGUAUCUGCCCAUGAUCAAAAUGGCCAGGGGCGUUCCGAGAUUCACCUCCCUGAAAUUAAGAAAGCACCGCGGCAGGAUCGACGGAGAGGACUGGGUGUUGGACAAGGCGGAAAUGGAGAGCUUGUUUAGCGAAAAGACCAAGGGUAUCCUGUUGAACAAUCCGCUGAACCCGAUCGGCAAGGUGUACACGCGCGAGGAGCUCGAGUUCAUCGGCAGCCUGGCGGUCAAGUACAACACCAUCGUCGUGUGCGACGAGGCGCACGAGUGGGUCACUCACAAGCCGCACAUCAGAAUCGCGUCGCUGCCGGGAAUGUUCGAGCGCACGAUCACCGUCGGCUCGUCGAGCAAGUCCUUCAGCGUGUCGGGCUGGAGAAUCGGUUGGGCCUACGGACCGAAGGAAAUCCUGAACCACGUGAAAACUGUCCACGCGAAUACGCUCGACAGUGCCCCAACGCCGCAGCAGCAAGCCGUAGCGUCCGCGUUCGAGGACGAGAUACGCGACUUUGGCUCCCCGGACUCGUACUUCGUUAGCCACAGACGACACGUUCAAUGGCAGCGCAACUUCUUGACCAAGGCGUUCGCCGACGUCGGCAUGAGACCCGUCGUGUCGGACGGCGGCUACUGCAUGCUCGUCGACUGGACGCCGCUGAGGCGCAGGUUCGGCGGCAAAGUCAACGGCGCCAUGGAUUUCGUCAAGUGGAUGAUUCGGAACGUCGGAGUCUUGGGAUUGCCGAUGUCGUCCUAUUACGGGGACGCGCACAAACACAUGGGCGAGAACUUUGCGAGAUACUGUUUUCACAAGAAAAACGAUACUCUCAUAGAAGCCGCGCGAAGACUGAAGAAACUCAAUAAGUGA